AGGAGAAAAGAAGCGGAAGUAUCUAAUCCUCGCGAGGUUUCACUCAAAAAAUAAGGCGGGUCACCAACUGGAGCAUGUCGGUUGAACAGCUUCAAAAUACGUAAAACUAACAAGGCAGAGUUUGGUCAUCCGCUUACCGAAAGUCGAACAGCUACGGUGGCGAGAUGGAGCCGACGGGGGAUUUGUCUGCUCGGGUUCUUGUUGAACAAAUUCUCAGUACCGAGCCACCAAUGACUCCUAUAACCCGCAGCGUCUCCAGAGAGCAAAAUCCCUCAUCUAUCUACCGCACCAGAUUGAGCGUGAAAAAGGCUGAUGCACAAACCCCACAGAACAUCUUGAGGCGCAGUCUAAAGCAUAAGAUGCGUGAGAGCAUAUCCAAGAAGAAUCUUCCACCUGCAAGCAAAGGGAGAACCGUCUCUCUUGGGCUGGAAAACCCAAACACGCGGGCUUCGUCUUUGAUGCUUUUAGAGGGCGACACGCCGAGGCACAUUCUCAUGAACAUCUUGCAGACGGAGCCUGUCAAGUCCCCUGUGAUUCACCAGGAAGCUGCACCAGUGGAGUCACAGCCGUCUUCAGCAGACCACAGCAUUGCCACAAAUUCCAGCAUUGAGCUGUCCGGUUUGGAUCUGCCCGACUUAACUUUUGGCAAUGCACAAAGCGUCGCAAAGAGGCUGAGCCGAAAGAGACCACGUCGCACCGUCAAUGUAUCUACUUUUAUAAAGAAGCUCAGGAAGGGUGAGGAUGAAAAAUGUGAAAACGAAGAGGAGGAUUCAGCACAAGAGGAUCUGUCGCUGUCUUCGAGCACCACUUCCUUCGGUCUAAAAACACCCUUUGAGAAUGUUCAGACUGAUAAAAAAGGCCUGCGGAGGAGAGUUUCUCAACGUCGAAAAACCACAAAGGAGGGUUUUGGCGAUGCUGUGAAUAGGAUGCUUUUAGAUCAUGAGACAAGCAGCUUAAUUCAGGGAGAGCAAGGCCUCGGUGAGAGCACCCUGGCCGAGGGUUUCUCUCCCAAACUAAGCAACUUGAAUAAACAAGAGCUCAUCAAUGAAAUUAUCCACUCUAACACGGCUCGAUACGACACUGGUGAUGUUCCCGUCGGCGUCUUUGCCGUACUCGAGACACAGGACCAGUCCACUGUCAUGGCGUCUGCGAUAACCCAGACCCAGCCAGAUGGAAAAGGUGAAGUUAUGCAAGUGUCUGAAUGCCAGGAGGAGAAUAAUACAACUGAUUGUGAAGCUGAGUUAGAGACCCCUGAGCCUGAGGAAGAAGACGACAAAGGGGAAAGAGAAGAAAGGGCUGCAGUUAACCCUCAAACUGAAGAGGUUGUUGUAACGCCAUCUGUAGAAGAGGACAACAUGGAAGAAGAAAAGAGUCUUGUUUAUUCUCAAACUAAAGCGGAUGCUGCAACGCCAACAGAAGAUGAGGAUGCUACUACAACACCUGAGGAUGAAGACCACGUGGAAGAAGAUAAAGUGGCUCUAGUUGACUCUCAAACUGAAGAGGACGCCACAACGCCACCAGAGGACGAGGACGCCACAACGCCACCAGAGGACGAGGACGCCACAACGCCACCAGAGGACGAAGACAACAUGGAAGAAGAAGAAAUGGUUGUGGUUGACUCACAAACUGAAGAGGACGCCACAACGCCACCAGAGGACGAGGACGCCACAACGCCACCAGAGGACGAAGACAACAUGGAAGAAGAAGAAAUGGUUGUGGUUGACUCACAAACUGAAGAGGACUCCACAAUGCCAUCAGAGGGCGAGGAUGCCACUACGCCACCUGAGGAAGAAGACAACAUGGAAGAAGAGGAAAUGGCUGUGGUUGACUCACAAACUGAAGAGGACGCCGCAACGCCAUCAGAGGUCGAGGAUGCUACUACACCACCUGAGGAAGAAGACAACAUGGAAGAAGAAGAAAUGGCUGUGGUUGACUCACAAACUGAAGAGGACGCUGCAACGCCGUCUGAGGACGAGGAUGCUACUACGCCAUCUGAGGGUGAGGACAACAUGGAAGAAGAGGAAGGGACCAAACACCCAACCGAGGACUCUGCUGCAGUUCCAUCCGAGGAAGAUAAUGCUCUUGCUGCCAGGUCUCAGUCAAAAGGAAAAACGGAUGAGGAGCAAGAGUUGAAUCAAGACGUUGAGCACAUCGAUCGUCAAGCUCAUCGAUUUGGGGGCACUUUCGUCAUGCACGUUGAAGAGGACGACACUACGGAGCCUGGCUUGUCCGAGCAAGACGUGGGUGGCAAGAACAGUUUGAGGGAUUCUCACAGCAGCAUCGAAGAGGAUUGCAGCGACCUUGAAAGUGGUCCACAUCCAGACUCGGACCCGGAUGAAUCUGGUAUUGAAGCACAACCCGGUUUUCAUCUUCCGGAGGUGAGCAGUGGCGAAAGAGCUGGUGAUUCCCCCAUAGAGGCGCCCCCUGUUGAUGGUGCGGUCACACCUGAACAGGACGAAUGGGAGGAAAAUGACGACGAAGAAGAGAAUCAAGAAAUCCCCAUGAAGACUCCAGCGUUUGUUCGAGAAAAGAGGACAUUUCAAGUAGCUUAUCAGGCCUCACCCACUGCUUUAAAUCCCCAAACCAGCAGUAAUAAAAGUGAAGGUGCGCCCUCUGUGAAACCAAAACGUGUGAGAAAGCCCAAAAGUGCCACAGUCAAGAAUGAAGUGGGACUUCCUAAAAACUACCUUAUGGGCGUUUUCCGGCACUUCGCCAAAACAAAGGUGUCCCCUGAUGUUUACCCCGUCUUAAAAGAGACAAUGGAUAAAUUCUUUGAUCGAAUGGCGGAGGACCUAGAGACGUUUGCUCAUCACGCCAAGAGAAAAACUAUCGAAGUUGAAGAUGUAGUACUGUUGUUGAGAAGGCAGGGUCACGUGAACGACAAGGUGCCUGUAGAAGUCCUAAUCGAGAAGUACCUGCGUAUGGACCAGCGCAGACUACUAAUCCCCAUGGCAACCAGUGGGAACAUCGUCAUCCCUAAAAUGAAGCGAUGAAUUACGAACAUUUCAGGUAUAUUUAGUGACUUGCAAUGUUAAGUCUGUUUAUUAUUUUCAAUGUAUAAAUAUUUAUAUCAGAUGGAUUACAGUUCAAAGUAUGUCAUUUUCCAUGUCACAUACCGUCUACAAAUUUACGUUGUUAAUACAGUGUAAGAGUAAUAAGUGACUGGGUAAUGUAAUUUGCAAAUAAAGUUCCCUGAUUUUCC